AUAGUGAUAGUGAAGGUUGUAGGGUAUUCUAUGUUUUUUUUCAUAAUAUUGUUAAAUAAAAUACAUAAAAUUAGGUUAAACUAAUUUAUUAAAAUGCAUGGAAGAUUAAAAGUUCGUACAUCAGAAGAGCAAAAAGCUCUUAAACAGAAAGAACAACAGAAGAAACUAGUUGCAUAUCAUUUGGGAAUGAACAAAAUUUUAUCUACUAGAAACAAAGACAGUUAUGAGCCUGAAAGUCUUCAGAUUAGUUCACAAAUUUUAAUAGCUAAUCCAGAUGUGUACACUUUAUGGAAUUAUAGGAAGGAAAUAAUUUUAAUGGAAAUUAAGAAAAGUAAAACAGAUGAAAUAGAAGGAGAAGAUAAACUAAUACCGUUCUUAGAAGAUGAAAUUAAAUUUACAGAACAAUGUCUUCCUGCUAAUCCAAAAUCCUAUGGAGUUUGGCACCACAGGUAUUGGAUAUUGUUAAACCAUCCAAAACCUAAUUGGGAAAAAGAAUUUUCAUUAUGUACCAGGUACCUUACAAUGGAUGAUAGAAAUUUUCAUGUGUGGGAUUAUCGAAGACUACUUGUUAAUAAAAUUGGUAUAACUCUAGACCAUGAGCUUAAAUUUUCUAACGAAAGAUUAAAUGUAAACUUUUCAAAUUAUUCUUCUUGGCAUUAUAGAAGUACAUUAAGAAACUUGGACAAAGACUGUGUUGAUUUUGAACUAGAUCUAGUCAAAAGUGCUGUGUUUACUGAUCCUGCUGAUUCUAGUGCCUGGUUCUAUUUGCGGUGGGUUUUAAGUAACCCGUCAAUAAAAAAACUUGCAAAAGAAGAACUUUUGGACGCGUUUGAACAAUUGGAAGAACUCGAACCUGAUUGCAAAUAUAUCAAUGUUUCUAGAAAUCAGUGUUCAAUGCAAGGUGGGGAAGAGUCUGCACAAGAUCAAGUUUCAGAACCAACAAUUAAUAUUUUGCAGAAUAUUGUUAUAUCCAAUGAUGAUGUAAACAAUCAGACAAGUUCACCACUGCCAGUAAUUUCCCCAACAUUCAGCACUCAAACUCCUUUACUUUUAUCUUCCCAUACUCCAAGGAAGGAAGGUCUCAGAUCAAAAGUAAAGGAAUUGAGAAACGAAAAUUAUCGUUUGUCCCAAAAAAUAAAUCAACUAGAAACUCAAGUUCUGAUGCAAAAAGCAGAUGUUCUGAAUUCAUUGUCUAUAGAGGAUUGUCAGCAGUUAAUUUAUAAAUUGUGUCCAAAGGAACUUGCUGAUUUUUUAACAAUACAGAUUGCCCAAACAAACAAGAAACCAAGAGGUCGCCGCUAUUCAGAUGCUUUUAAGCAAGAAUGUUUAAAGAUGUAUUUCACGGGACCCAGGGUAUAUAAAACCAAGUUAAUGAAACUUUUUUAUCUUCCUAAUCCUCGCACAUUAAGAAGGUACACUGAGGAAAUCAAGAUAAAACCUGGAAUUAAUGAAAAUAUUAUUCAGAUGAUUACUCUUAAAGUGAGUAAUUUUUCUGAACAAGAUAAAAUGUGUGUCUUAUGCUUUGAUGAAAUGGCAAUUAAGGCAAAUUUAUUAUACAACCGAGGAUCAGAUGAAGUUGUUGGCAUAGAAGAUUUUGGAUGUGGUGAAAAAUCAAUUGUUCCUGCAGUAAGUGCUACUGUAUUAAUGGUGAGGGGUAUAAUGCAUAAUUGGAAACAACCAUUAUGUUAUUACCUGCAUCAUUGUUCAUGUCCUGCAGAAAAAUUGCAGGUGAUUUUGACAGAGACCCUAAAGUCAUUGUUUAGAUGUGGUUUAAAUGUUUGUGCCAUAAUAAGCGACUUGGGCUCAAAUAAUUGGAAGUUUGCUAAUAACAUGAAUAUAACUCCUGAAAAUCCCUAUUUUAUUUUUAAGCAAAACUUUCAGGAAGAUAAAAAAAUUAUUUUCAUGUUUGAUACUCCUCAUCUGAUAAAGUUGGCAAGGAACAAUUUAUUAAAAAACCAUUUUGUAUUUACCAAUGAAGCAAAUAUUAAAAAAACAACUUCGUGGGAGCAUAUUAAAGCCUUUUAUGUGCAUGACAUUAAAUAUGCAAACCGAGCUGCUCCAAAACUGACAGAGGCACAUAUUAAUCCUAACGCCUUCCAGAAGAUGAAGGUAAAGCUGGCUUCACAAGUUCUGAGUAGCACAGUUGCUGCAAGUUUAAAUUUAUAUAUUAGAUUUGGUAUAAUUCCAGCUGCUGCCGAAGGUACUUCAGAAGUUGUUCAAAUAUUUGAUAAUUUGUUUGAUUUAUUAAAUUCUUCUUCACUACACCAUUCUAAAAAGUAUUGUCAGGCAUUUAAAAACUUAGAGUACCAAAAGCAAUUUUUAGAAAAAUGUGACAAGUUUUUUAAGACUGUACAAGUUGUCAAUAAUAAAAAUAAAGUUGUUACAAGUCGUAUAAAAUGUUUAAAAGGGUGGAGAAUUACAAUUCGUGGUGUACAAUUGUUGUGGGAGAAACUUAAAAUUGCUGGCUAUACUUUUUUGUUAACGAGAAGGUUAAAUCAAGACUCCUUGGAGAAUUUUUUUGGUUCCAUUAGACAACAAACAGGAAAUAAUUUAAGUCCAACAACUUUUCAAUUCCAAAUGGCAUUUAGAAAAUUACUGUGUGUUGACCUAAUGAAUUCUGGAGCAGAAAAUUGCCAAGGAGAUCCUGAUGCAGUUUUACUGAAACUCACUGACCUUCCUUUAACAUUAAAUGAUCAACCUGCAGCAACCACAACAAUUGGAUUAGCUAAUAUUGAUUUAGAUUAUCAAAAAUUAGAUAUAAUUUCACAAAAUACUGCCAGAUAUGUGUGUGGAUAUUAUAUUAAAAAGUGUUUGGAGGUACAUACAUGUUCAACUUGUUCAAAUUUUGGGAAAACUGUUACUGAAUUAGAUGAUUCUAAUUUAUAUUGUUUUUUUAAAGCAUAUGAUACUGAUGCCCUCGAUAUGUUUGGUAGUCUUCAAAUGCCGGAUAAUAUUUUUUUAGAAUAUAUAAUUAAACUGGACAAAAUAUUUGAACAACAUUUUGAACACAUAAUAAUCAAAAGUGGUGUCAUAAAGAAUUUUAUUACUCUGUAUGAAAGUGUAAUAUUCGUACAUCCUUGUAAUAAUUUUCCAUAUAAAUAUUUUUUAAAUUUGUAUGCUAGAGUAAGGUUGUAUUACACAUUAAAAUUUAUUAAUCAAAAUUUCAAAUGCCAAAAAAAUAUUUCAAAUAAAUCUAUAAAAAAUAAAUUAAUUGUUUGGAGCAAUAAAUAACUUUUUUUACUGCUAACAUGAAAAAUUACUAUUAUUUAUUUGAUUACUACAAGAAGUAAAUUUUCUCUCUGUAGGAAAACAGUAUUACUUUUUUACCUAGGUAAAUAAUGAAAAAUAAGUGUUAGUACAGUGCUAUAUAGUUGUUUUGAUUUGUUGAUUUACUUACUUCUAAUAACUUUUAUAAUUGUUUGUUUUUCAAGUUUUUGUUUUGUUUAGAAUAAAUUAAGCUUACAUUAAUAAUGAGCUAAUAUAUAAAUGUUAGUAGCAAAAAAAUACUAUACAGUUGUGGUAAUCUGAAAACUGUGUAUAGCACACAUAAUUAGUGCGAAAAGAACAGUAUGAGGUUGUUCUACUAGCUGAGAGAAGCUGAAUAUAGUAUGAAACUAGUACCUACAUACGAGCUUGUUUUUAACACCCAUUAGAUUGAAUUGUAGUUUUGUUAAAGUGAUAUUUAGUUUUGAUAAGGAAAACAUCAAAUAUAUGUCUAUUUUUUCAUUAGUAAUGAAAUCACAAUCAAUCUUGGUUUUAUCACAACACAUUCUCGAGAUAUUUCGAUACCCACAUAUAGAAUUUUAUAUCUUACUUUUGUUUGUGACAUCCUGUCUUAUGCUUCUAUAGAAUGGUCACCAUACUAUUUUAACCAUAAUUACACCCUCGAAAAAAUUCAAAAUAAGUUUCUCCGGAUUUGUGCUUAUAGAUUAAACUUAAAUGACAUGUCUUUGGUUGAACUAAGGUCAAGGCUAAAUAUCAGUUCCUUAGAAAACUAUAGAACUAAAUGUGAUCUAGUUUUUCUCUAUAAACUACUUAACCAUGUAACUGACUGUUCUGAUUUAUUAGGUCCUAUCAACUUUAGAUGUAGCACUAGAAUUCUUAGAGAAAUGCCUUUGUUCUGUAUAAAACACUAUCACACUAACUAUGGCAAACUCCCCUAUCAGAAUUCAGAUACCGGGAAAUGACUUUAGUCAAUCUUAUGAUUUCAUUUCAUUUUUAUAAAAACUUGGGGAUAUUAAUUUCAUUUUAAAAUGAUUUUCAUAAAAAUUUAAUUUAUGUAAUUUAAUAAUUGUUUAACAAUAUUUAAUAAUUAUUUAAUAUUUAGUUUUAGUAUUUAUGUUAUGGUUAGGAUAUUUUAUGUAGUUAAUUGUUUUGUAAAAAAUGGAAACAUCCCGUUAAU